AUGAAAUUUAUUGAUAUCACUAUAACUGCAGUCACUGCCAUCGCGAGUGUCAAUGCAAUCGCUGUUCCAGAAUCUGACCACACUUUGCAAGCCAGAUCGAUCCCACAACCAGAGUCCCAGACUGUGCUCGAGCGUCGUUCACCUAGUAGCUAUGGCGGUGGCUGGGGAGGUAGUAAUAAUAUGUGGGGUAAUAACUGGGGCGGCAAUAGUGCGUGGACCGGCGGCUGGGGUAAUGGUAUGAAUAACUGGAACGGUGGUUGGGGAAGUAGUAUGCAAAGAUGGGGAUGUUAUUCCAAACGUGGUGGCAUUUCAUUGAUUGAUUUGAUGUAG